GAGAGAGAGAGAGAGAGAGAGAGCGGAAGCGGGACAGAGUCUGACGCGCGUCGUGAGGAUGUGGAGGUGAAAGGAUGACGAGAUAAUGGAGGUAUAGUGGUGGAGGAAAAAUGAACACAAAAAGCCGCGUGGAGGAUGGUGAGACGGUGCUGAUGCAGGGGAUGGUUCGCUUGUGAGCACGGGACCGUCACAUCCGCACGGGAGGAGGAGGAUGUUCGGACUCGGAGGACCCGGUUAUGGUGAAUCGAGAGUUUAACGAAGCACUAUUCUGAGGAGGUGGGCCAAGUCCCGGGAUAGAGAGGGGCAGGAAGGGAGGGGAGUGGGGAGGACCAUCGAGUGGGAUCAAACUGGGGUGCUGCUGCUGCUGUUUUCAGAGAUGUGAGGCAACACGAGGAGCUGAUCAAAGGACACGUUUCAGUCUCAUCUGCAGCUGCGCCGUGUGGCCGACAGCCGUUCAGGUUGGCUUCCUGCCUGUUGAGAUGCUCCGAGGGGAAACACUGUGAAGGGGGUUCAUGUUGAUGAAACUGAUCUGCUCAGUGAGCUCCAACCAGAGCCAUGGGGAGUACCCAGACUGUCGGGGUGAGAGGGAUACUGGUGGGGAGGCAUCUCUCCUGGUGUCUCCGCUGGUGGUUGCUGGGAUUGUUAUAGGUCUUGUCCUUUUCCUCUCCUGCAUCACUAUCAUCAUCGGCAGCCUGCGCAAAGACAGUCGACUCAGAAACCCACACUUUCGAGCCAGCUAUGGACCAGAUGGUUUUUCCUAUGGAGGUUCUGCAGGUGAACUGAGGUCUAGCUGCAUAGAGGACUUUCCUCCUGGUACUGAUUUUGAUCCGUUCAGAGAGAAUCUGCCUCCAAUGAACAACCUGUAUCCUGACUCACCACCGCGCUAUGAUGAAUGUGUUGGCCCAGGUUCUACUCAGAUCUACAUCCCCACAGAAGACCCACCUCCUUACUCUCUGUUGGACCCCUGUCAGACCCUGGCAGAGCCAGAGGAGCAGCCCACCUACACCAGUCCAGGUGCUUCUCCGAACCAUGGAGAUUCAUCAGCCAGCGCUGCGUGGCUCCCCCCCUCCCACUGCCCCUUGGGACUGCAGGAUCCAGAGCAGCAGUACAUCGCAUCCAUUUCCUUCUCUCUGGAGGAGGCGCCGCCAUACGAGUCGGUGCUGGCUGAGCAGAGACAGCCCCUCCCUCUCAUGCCAUGUGACCUUUAUAAACACCACUCGGAGAGGAGCAGCGAUGGAAACUCCCAGCAACUCCCAGCAAACCAUAUCUCAUAGGACGGCUAAUUGGUUUUCUUCACCUGAGCUCUCAAUCAUCCCCAGCUGAAUAUGAUGAACACAUUGAUGUGUGGGGAAAUGGCUGUUAGGGGCAGCUGUGGAGGCAACAGUGGAAACUACAGAGAUGUGCACAUCUUCCACAAGAUUUAAAACACAUGAUUAGACCCUAAACUUACUACGGAUCACACUGCAGCAGAAACGCUCUGUUUGGGGCCAAAUAAACAACUCUGACUCUGUGGCAUCAUCUCCGUGAUGCUUCGUUUUCUAGUUCAGCUUCUUCACUAUUUUGAUUAUUAUUUAUAAACUAGGACUAAUCUAAGAGUUGUGUGACAUCAGUGUGAUUUUUAAUUGUUUAGCUUAGAGAAUUCUUCAUUUCUCAGAUUUUAUUAUUUGAUCCAGAAAUCUCUGCAGUGAGUUAAAGUCUCUGUACAGGGUGCAACCUUUAGAGGAGUGUGCUGUUUUUGUCACUGUCAAUGUGGUGGUAGUAUCCUAUUUAGUUAAAGCAAGACUUUGUAUUAAAAUAGGAGUGAAAAAACCCACCUAAACAUGACAGGAGGCCCUCGUUCAUCCCAUGUGUGUUAUUCUAACGUAAUAAUGGAUUUCUGGAAGAAAUGGUGGAUUUCUUGCAGCAUGCAUCACAAAAAUGGCUCACUUUGUGCCAUUUUUCUCUCAACUGUUUGUACCAAGGGCUCCAGUUGUGACACCAUGAUAAAACUGGACCACAGUAGCAGCAUGUAGCUCAGAACCUUCCUCCUCAUGAGGUUUGUUUGAUGCAACGGAGACCUUACACAUGAAAACUGUAGAAUUGAUCACACUGAUCUCUUUGAAAUUAUUUUUUCUGUCCAAAAGGAGGCGAUGAUUGAUAAUUCUUUGUUAUUAUAAAACUUCAAGUUGGAGUUUUUCGAUGUUAACACUGGCAAACUCUUGUAAAUAGUUAAAGACAGACCGUAAAAGCAUGGCAGGAAUAACAGUUUACAGUGUUGGUUAUGCUAAUUAGUUUUGUGGUUAUGGACAGUUUUACAUUUAAAGCAUUCCCAAUUAAAGCUAAUUAAUUAACAUGAUGAUGAGAAUAUGAAUAAUGAGAAACAGAGCAGGUGGUGUGGGUGAUUUCAGUGUCUUCAUUGAACAAAAAGCUAAGGUUUAUGGAAAGAAAUUUAACUUUAGGUUCAGAAAGGCGUUUGUGAGCAUUUGUGACAAACAGUUUUCUAAACACUUAAUCCUUAAACUCAGAAAGUAAACUGUAAACUAAAUAAACAAUAAAUCAAAUCAAAAAAUAAGCUAAACUUUUGGCCAUUCUGACUAUUAGUUUCAGUUAGUUUCCAAGUUUAUGAUGGAGUUCUGUACUUAUUUGCAGCAGAAAUGUUGUGCAGUUGUCUCCAGUGCAGCCUGUUGUUGUUUCAGCAAAGUAUUUCUACCAGAUUGAAUGUGAAAUAAAUGGAGGCAUAAAGGUUGAUAAAACAA